AUGCAUUGCCACCUGGGAACCCUCCUCAUCCUGCUGAUCGGAGCGGCAAUCACGCCGGUGCUCCACGCACAGCAACCAAGCUGUUCCGGCCAAGCCUGCUACGCGGCCUGCUACGAAGACAGCACACGAUGCCUGACCGAGUGUCGUACCGGGGCAUCACAGGUCCGCAACCCCCGACAAGCCCGGAUCUUCUGGCGGCAGUGCCUGAACGGGUGCGACGCAGGGAUCGCCGACUGCCACAGCACCUGCGACCGCGCGUGCCGGCAGAGCGAGAGCGACUUCGACGCCUGCAGUCGCGACUGCCUCUGGCAGUCUGUCCGCGGUACCCGCAACUGCCGCAUUACCUGGACCGCCGGUGAGAACCGGGAGUCUUGUAUCGUCCAGGCUCAGUCCGACCGCAAGUCGUGUGAGACGGACUGCCAGAUCAAGCAUCUCCCGUCCUCCAUUCUCGCUACCGGCACGGCGACUCGCACCCCGUCCCCCACCGGGCCCGUGGCUACCUCCCCCUGCGAGAUCGACCUCUGCAGCGCCAAUUCCCAGGUCUCCGCCUGCGACUGCACCUGCCUGAACACCCUCGCCUGCGAGCAGAAGACUUGCAACGAUGCCUCCAAUGCUUGCGGGGGCGAUCCCACUGCCUGUGGUAAUGCUGCGGAUGGGUGGGAGCUGAAGACACGGAUUUGA